AUGGCUACAUCCCGCCUGGUGCAGCGCACGGCGGCGUUCGUGGAGCAGCAGCUCAAGAGCAACGACGCGUCGCACGACUGGCGCCACAUCGAGAGAGUCUGGACGGUGGCGCGGACGCUCGCGAAGGAGGAGGAAAACCUGGAGAUCGUGGACCUGGCGGCGCUGCUGCAUGACAUCGACGACUGGAAGUACCAGAGCGACAAGGAGGAGCCCACGAAGCGGGCGGUGGCUUUCUUGCAGUCGGAGAGCGUGCCCAGCGACAAGAUCGAGCGCGUGAUGUCCAUCAUCGACAGCAUGGGGUUCAAGGAGGAGCUCGCAGGCACUGGCGCGCGAUCGUACACUGUCGAGUACGGCUGCGUUCAGGAUGCUGAUCGACUGGAUGCGAUCGGAGCCAUUGGAAUUGCCCGCUGCUUCACCUACGGAGGGCACAAGCUGCGCCCGCUGUACGAUCCGGACGUGCCCCCAAUCGAAAGCAUGACGAAGGAGCAAUACAUGGAUCCCAACCGCCCCAACACCACCAUUAACCACUUCUACGAGAAACUGCUGAAGCUCCGUGACAUGAUGAAGACGAACGCCGGGAAGCGUCUGGCUGACGAGCGCCACGCGUUCAUGGAGACGUUCCUGGAGCAGUUCCACAAGGAGAUCAGCGGCCGGGGUUAG